AUGGUGAUGGCAUCUAUAAUAGUGAAGGCUCUUGUCGCCCUCGCUUUGAUCCAGUCGCCCCUGGUCGUUGGCAUACCGACGGCCCCAGGGAUCCCAUCAGCGUCGGCAGCCAAAACCGAGCUGGGAGACCUGACUGUCGCUGCUCAGGGAUCCCAAGAUGGCUAUUCUCGAGCCAAGUUUCCUCAUUGGAUUUCCCAGGGGAGUGGCUGCGACACGCGCGAUGUUGUGCUGAAGAGAGAUGGCACGGGCGUGGUUCAAGAUGAUAGCUGCUCUGCCAGUAGUGGGAAAUGGGUCUCCCCGUAUGAUGGAGCGACUUGGACUGCGGCUAGUGAUCUGGACAUUGACCACGUCGUGCCCUUGUCCAAUGCCUGGAAGUCCGGUGCCUCUGAAUGGACGACGGAUGAUCGACAAGCGUUUGCCAAUGAUCUCACUCAUCCGCAGCUCCUGGCCGUCACGGACAACGUGAACUCGGCCAAGGGCGACAAGGGACCUGAAGAAUGGAAGCCUCCUCUUGCAUCGUAUUACUGCACCUACGCGGAGAUGUGGGUAAAGGUGAAAUCGACCUACAACUUGACGGUCACCACGGAUGAAAAGUCAGCGCUGGUCGACAUGCUCGCUACGUGCUAG